AUGUCAACAAUAACUUCGCAAGAAACAAAAACCUCGCAAGCAACAAAAACCUCGCAAGUUGAAGCUGAGGUGAAUUCAGUCUGGGUCUUGACAAUAUUUUAUUCUCCGUACAAAGAAGAUUUUGAAAUCGAACAAAUCGAACAACGUUGCUUCCUUUCUGAAGAACGUGCACGAAGAGCUAUGAAAAAAGUAGCAAAACAGUUAUACAAUAGUGAAAUCAUCCAGGAAGCUGAUGACAAAUAUUACGAAGAAUAUGAGACAGAAAUACACUUUGGAGAAAAUCCCGAAAGUACUGCUUAUAGAAGAGAAUUUGGUUGUUGCAAAAUUGAAUGCGUUGAAAUUGAAGACAGAAAACAUAGAAAUAAUAUGUAG